GAUACUGCCACCUGUGGAGUGAAACUGAAGACCACACUAAAUACCGUAUUUUUACAAUAGACGGGCGUUACGGAAUAUACCCAUUACCAACUUCCGGCGAGAGGUCACAACCGAAAAUUGCUUAUCGUUAGAAAUUUUUUUCUCAGCAUCUUGGCAUUGACCCUUGUUGCAGGAUGAUUAUACUUCAAGUUAAAGUCAUGAAAAGUUGACUUUUCUGUACUAGAAUAAAUCCAAAACUGGUCUUUCCAUACUCAACAAUCACUGCCAGAUAACUUAAGAUGGAGAAGAGACACAAACAGAUAUUGAAAGAUAAGCGGCCAGAUUUGGUUGAAAGCUUAAACAUGAUUGGUGGGCUCUUUACACAGUUGAUUAGUAGAGAUAUACUAGAUCAGAGGAUGGUCAGGACAAUAAAGAAUGGAAAGACAGAAGAUGAAAUGGCUGAGGGUUUACUAGAUUUUUUACCAAAAUCUAACCAAGGAGAAAAGACAUUUGACCUUUUCUGUGAGGCGUUAAUAGCUGAUUCCCAGAGUAGUAUUGUCAGAUUGUACCUUAAGCCAGACAGCAAAAAGGAAACAGAAGAGAAAAAUGUUGUGCAGGAAUCUAAUGGAGCAAGUGCUGUCAAUGAGACACUAUCACAGGUAUCUGGGUCACAGGUGACCGGACUCGGUCCAACCUAUGUCAAUAUAGGAGAGGGUGUAGAAUACAGAGACGGUGAACGUUCGGUCCAGAGUCCAGGUCACGUUCAAACUGUAGCCAUUCGAGAGGAACUGCAGACACAGAUGUACAGACGUAGUAUCGAACCAAGAGAUCUGCAUCACUCACAGUCUUCCCCUAACUUGCCUAGCAAUUCUGAACACGAUGCCAUGUUCUUUUAUCAAAGCACUCUUAGAAAUCCACAUGCUGUGUACAGUGUUUUAAAUGAUAGGUGCUCUAAUAGAUCAGACAAAGAAAGACAGUUGUUCAAUAUGGGCUUGCCACUUGCUUCAGUUUCACAAAUCAUGAACGAUUACUAUAUAGAUCCAUUGUUAGUUAGUGAUUCUGGAGGUAUAGGUCUUCCAAAAAAUGUGUCUUCCAAAGAUAUUUCCCAAAAUCCCUAUGCUCAAAAACCACAUGUGUUCAACAGAUCUCCAUAUACAGAGAUUACUCCAGCUUCCAGUGGACUUGUUUUAGGAAUGAGUCCACAAAAAUCAUUUGCUUUCCAAACUAGAGAUAAGAAUUAUCCACCAGUAUUACAAGAAAGACACUUCCUCAAUGCUAGUAAAGAGUAUAUGGAAAGAGUACAAGGUGUAGACAGAAGUAGUGAACAAGAAUUGGAAAAUAUAUAUUGUAAACAAAAUGAAGAGCUAUUCAGUGACAAAAUCAAACAAAACUAUGAGAGAUAUAAUGAAAAUUCCUCGAGUCGUAGAAAUUUAACUCCACAAGUUGAGGAAAUCCAUCCAAGUCCAUCCAGAUAUUCCGAGGCUCGUAGUAUGGUUGAGAUUGACAGGCAUAUAGAAACAAACAACAGCUGUGACGGUAGUCUGCAGCGAAGUAUGAUGUCAUUCCCUCGACAUGUAAAACUGUUGCCAACCGCCGGUCAUCCUGAUCUCCAUGGUAAAGACUCAUUAAGGGGAGAUAAUGGCCAAUCACCGAGGCUCUUGAUAGAUGAUACCAUGCAUAAACGACCAUUGACAGAAGAAAUUGAAACUGGUGCAAAACGUUUUAGAGAAGAUGUGGAUACAUGCAGUCUACCAAAUCUGAUCCGACCUGAGAGGACCCCUACAUUACCAGUGUUAGAAGCCCGAGAUGAUCAGAUAGUGAAGAUUCCAGUGCUAGAGGAGCCAUGGAAACAACCGUCCAUGCCGGCAGUGGUCGUACAACCUGACCAGAAUCUGGAGAAAAAUCAGAGGUCAUCAUUGCUGGGGGCCAUGGAUGACCCAGAGAUUGACCUCACUGACGGACCAAUUAAUGUCAAUGUUGAACUGAGCACCAGAAAGUUUUAUUUGGAACAUUAUAAACAGGCAUAUGCAAUGAGGAGGAUACCUCGUGGUAAAGCAUUGAUUAUGAACGUGAAUGAGGUGGUGGGUAAAUCAGCACGUAGAGGUACUGACAUUGAUAGGGACAAUCUACAUAAUCUGUUAUGUCAGAUGCAUUUUGAUGUAACUGUAUACAAUGAUGCUGAUGGACUUACAGCCAUGGAAAUGGUUCAGAAGUUACAAGAUUUCUCUCAGCACAGCAGUCAUGUGAGCGGGGACUGCGCUGUUGUUUGUAUACUGAGUCAUGGUGAGGAAGGUUAUAUCUUUGGUGCAGACGGCAAGAAGUUUGAACUUGACGCCGUGUUCUCACUGUUUGAUAACACUUGUUGUCCAAGUCUGAGAGGAAAACCAAAACUGUUCAUUAUACAGGCUUGUCGUGGAGGUGCACUAGACCGAGGUGUGCAGUAUUACCCAGAUGAACACGAUGGGUCAGAUGCUCGUGUUAGACAGGUGCCCUCUAUGUCUGAUAUGCUAAUAUGUUACCCGACACAAAAUGGGUACUAUGCAUGGCGUAAUCGUGACAGGGGAAGCUGGUAUGUAGAGGCCCUCGUUCAGAUAUUUAUGAAGUACGCUAGAUGUGAGGAUGUAUGUACCAUGCUCAAUAGGGUAAACCUGCUAGUAUCAAAGAAAGUGUCACAUUGUCCUAAUAUAGAUAUGGACCAAAUGAGUCAGAUGUCGGAGUACAAGAGUACAUUGAGGAUGCCUCAUCUAUACUUCUUCCCUGGUAUUGGUGGCUGCAGCUGAACACUCUAUGAUAAAUCUGUGUCCAUCCAUGUUGAAGGUGUUUGUGCAUAUAAAAUUACUUGUUAACAUUUCAAGGGAAAAGGUUUCUCUCUUUGUCCUCGACCUUCUGAAUUUCUAAAAUUGAUCAGCUCAAUUUUCACUUCGAAACAGUUGAUUGUUAAUUUUUGUGGAUGUCAUGAUAAAAAAGAGGAAGUUAGUUGACCAGCUGUAUACUGAUUGAAUGAAUGUUCAGAUCUUGUUCAAAUGUUCAGACUGCUAGGUUGUUCAAACUGGGCUUGGUCUAUACAGAUUGUAAGAGUUCAGCAUUGUAUGGGUAAAGAGGUAAUCUUCAACUGUUGUAUAUUUAUUUAACACCUAUAUACUGUAUUAAGGCAUUUAUAAUACUGUAGAUAUAUAUUUUUCAUACUCUAAAUAGUGCUACAAACAUCAUAAUCAUGUUUCUGAAAGGUAUUAUUUCAAUAAAUUUAUCUCCUUUUUUGGUUAAGGUUAUAUAGAAAUUGUAAAAUGAUACAUUUUGUUGUAAUUGUUUUUCCCUAUAUACAUGUAUCUACCAAUUUAAGGAAAACUUUGUUUCAAACUCAUUCAUUUAUUUGUACAAAUAUGUACAUAGCUGGUUGUGUGUGGUUAGACAUGGUAACUUGAAAUAAUCAUGCUGUAAAUUUGUAUACUUGGAAGAUUUUCUAUCAGGAAUGAUAAUGCAACCAAGGGAGGUAAUAUUCUCUAUUUGGAAAGCAUUUAUAAAUUAUCAGAAUAUUUAUUAUAUAUGAUUGUACUCUUCCUUUAUUGUUGAUAAUUUAAAUGCCAUAUUGAUUCACACUUUAAAUAUCCUGUAUGUUGUAAUUGAGGUUGUAUACCACUCUUAAGUGAAAUUAUAUAUAUAUAAUGCUUAUAAAACAAUUUUCAAACAUCGAAGAAUAUGUAAAAUAUGUACUGCAAAUAUUUGUUCAUAUUAUCUGUAUUCAUGAAAAUAUAUGAGUUCAUUUCUUAGUUGAAAAAUUUGACUUAGACUUUAUAGAAAAUAGAUUUUUUAUUACCUCCCUUUAUUUACAUGAAAUGUUAAAUUCGGUAAUGUCUUCAUAAAUAAUGCUUUUUGAAACUUAAAAAAUUGAUAAAUCUUAAUUUGAGCAUCAUAUUUUUGAUAUAAAACCAUAACAAAAUUGUGUUACAGGAUCUUUAAUGAAUACCCCGUGUUUAAGGACUAAUUUGGCUCAAAUCUGUCUCAUGUGAGCAAGCAUUUUACAAGGUCAAAAAUCACACAGUCAAUUUGAUCUUAGAACUAACUCACGGAUUGCACAUUUGUGACUAUAACUAGCGUUGGAUCUCAUGUGAACAAUAUAGGACCAUCACAGCUCUCUAAUGGUGUUUUUGGUGUGCAAGAUAUUGUUGCCACAUCAUUUAGUAUCUUUUUGAAGUUUGGUAACCAUAUUGAGAUUCAGUAUGGACCCAUAAAUUGUUAUGAUAUACCGGUAUAUUUUCAUCCGUUGUUUUUACACAUUCCGUCCCAAACUUUAUGUGUUCAGUUUUUAUUAAAUCUCAAAUAAUUGUACUGUAUAAAUAUUAUUGUAUAUUUUACUGAAUUUAGUAUUGUUAUAAUGCAGGUUUUUACCAAUUUUGAUAAAUUUUAUUAUCCAUUUUAUUAUAUAUUAAGAUAAUAUUUUUAUGUGUUUAUGUGUUUUUUUUCUUUUCUUUUCUGGUUUUGAGAGUUUACAUAUGGUUUAUGGUUUUAGCAUGAAAUUCUUUUGUGAAAUCAGUUUUUCAAAUUUUUUGUUCAUUUAAUGAGAAAAUCAAUGAAAUUAUUGAUUUGAAGAUGAUUUUGUAAACUGAGAAAAGUUCUACUGUUUACACUGUUUCUACUCUUUAUUGUAUAUACAAUGUACAUCUUUUUAAGAAAGAGAUCUUGAUUAAUUCAUUGUGUUUUGUUUUCUUUUUAAGUUUUUAUGUUAAUAUGAAGAUUUUUUCUUUCUUUUUGAAUAAGAUACAUGGUUACGGAACAUUGGUGGUUCUACUCAGAUUUCCUUUUGUGCCUGAAAUAAUGCACAGUGUCACCUGGGGUUUUCCUCCACCAUUAAAGCUGGAGAGUAGCCAUAUGACCUAUACUGUGUUGGUGCAACAAAACGCCCAACAAAUAUAUAUAUAUUAUGCAUUGUUCUUUAAGUUUUAUUAUUUUUUCUUCAUCGACAUAUAUAGCAUUGUUGAAUAGUUUUAUAAAUAUGUAUAGAGAGACGGGGGGAGAGAGAUAUUUGUAGAUUUUAUAACUGACGGAGGGUUAUUUAGUACAAUACUGUUAUCUAACAUAAAUUAUUUCCCUUGUUAAAACCUUUGUUAUUUGUUGAAAAAAUUGAUAUUUAAAACAUUUUAAAAUUUUGUGUUUUAAUGAAGUUUGAAGUGGAAACUAAUAAGUCCAGCAACUAUUUUUAAUCUGUUUGUUUGGGGAGGGCUCAUUUUGUGACUUUAUUUCCCCUACUUACUUUAAAGUUGGGUGUGUACUGUUAUGGAAAGUUCUGUAUGUACAUGGGUUAUCCAAUAAAUAACCUGAGAAGGAAUUAACUGUGGUUCAUGUAACUGUUGGUAGGGACAUUGUCCAUGGCAAAUAGAAUACCCAUAUUGAAUUUAAGGUCAUUAGACCGCCUCCGUGGUCGAGGGGUUAGAGUCGAUGACUUCUAAUCCAGUUACCUCUCUGGCCUGGGUUCAAUCCCCGGGAGAUGCUUUGGUUGUUAAGCACGGAGGAAGGUAAUCUAGUACUGGUGUAACUCUCAAGGAACAAUGGUUAGGAAACUACCCGCCUACAUGAGGGAAAAGGUGUAAAAUGAAACAAACAAAUAAACAGGUCAAGGUCAUCAGAAUAUUCAAUGUAAAAUCCUUGUUUGAUCAAUAACUUGAGGUGGAAUAAGCUAUGAUAUACACUGUAUGCAACUUUGUGUAGACGCAAAGUAACACUGUGUCAAAUUAGAGGCAAGAGAUUUGAUGUCUUUAGCCAAAGAAACCUUUUGUCCUUUUAAUAUUUUCAAGUGAAUUCACCCAUAAUGGAAGAUCUGUUUAUACUAAAUCACUUAAUCAAUUUUAUCAACAUUUUUUGUUGAAGAAGUAUUUUACAAGAAUAUCCAAAUGAUACAUUAUGAUUGUAUUCAGACUAUGUUCAUUGUAGAUCAGUCCACUUUGAGCAAGUUCUAUAAAAACAUGUACUCCAACAAAAUUGUUGUACAAUAAAAAAGAAUAGAUCAACAUGAGAUAUGCUCUGCCUUUUUGUUUACAAAUUCCUUUAAUGUUAUUGCUUUUUAGUUUAGAGAUGAAUCAGAAUGUUUAUAAAGGUGGUAUUUUAUAAUUUGAACUGGUAAGAUAAAAUUCUAAGGUUGUUGAUCCCCAAUGGUGUAGACAACAGAAUAUGAGCCGCGUCAUGACAAAACCAGCAUAAUGGGUUUGCGACCAGCAUGGAUCCAGACCAGCCUGCUCAUCUGCGCAGUCUGAUCAGGAUCCAUGCUGUUCGCAUACAAACCCUAUAACAAGUAGAGAAACUGAUAGCGAACAGCAUGGAUCCUGAUCAGACUGCGUGGAUGCCCAGCUGGUCUGGAUCCAUGCUGGUCGCAAACCCAUUAUGUUGGUUUUGUCGUGAUGUGGCUCAUAUAAAGGGAGCAACUUAACAUUCAAAUUCAGGUGAAAAAUCUUGAAACAAUGGUGCAGACUUACAUUCUGCUAAUACAUGGCCGAAAAAUUACAAUUGUGUAUCUUCAAUUUUCUUCCACAUUAUUUAUGCGAUUUUUGAAAAUGACAUAAAUUUUACUAUUAAGUUUAUAAUUUAAAUCACUGGUAUGAAAUAUUGUUCACUUGUUUUGGAGUACAACAGAUGUAUUAACUUUUUGUAAAACAUUCCUAACAAAGUGAUAAAGCCAAAUAUAUUUUUGUCAAUAAAA